AUGGCUGCAACUACUGAGGGUAAACCCCGAAAGCGGCACCAAAAUGAGCAAGACUCCGUCACUGCUACAAAUGCUUCUGAAUCAAAGUCAAAUGAUUUCGCAUUGGAACAUCUUAUCGGAGGCUGGCAGCCAGGCAUGGACCCCAAGGUCGACUAUUCCGGUCAUUUCGAAUUCGGCGGCUCACUGGGUUGUCUUGGUCUGAUGAUCGGUUUCCCACUGUUGAUGUAUUAUAUGUGGAUCGGUACUACAUAUUACGAUGGAAAAUUCCCUCUCCCAGAAGCAGAUCAGUCAUUUGUGGAAUUUGUGAAGCAUCUUGGUCAUCUUGUCUACACCGGCGCCUUCCCUCACUUUCGUGCGUGGCGUAUCUACUGGACAUACAUCAUUUUCGAGGCUGCCUGUUAUGUCUUCAUGCCCGGCUUCACCUGCUACGGCAAGCCUCUUGCCCACCUCGGUGGGAAGCAAUUGAAGUACCACUGCUCUGCCUAUACCAGCUUCUACUUUACUAUCUUCGUCAUGGCUGUCUUGCACGGAACUGGCCUGUUUCCCAUCUAUACCUUCCUAGAUGAGUUUGGCCCGCUCAUGUCUGUCGCCAUUCUUACUGGGUACAUCAACAGUCUCAUCACCUAUAUUCAGGCCUUUGUUCGUGGAACGCAGCACCGCAUUACUGGCUACCCGAUUUACGAUUUCUUCAUGGGUGCUGAGCUCAAUCCUCGACUCUUCGGGAUCUUGGACUUCAAGAUGCUCUACGAGGUUCGCAUUCCGUGGUUCAUUCUUUUCGGCCUCAGCUGUGCGGCUGCUACCCGUCAGUACGAGAGAUACGGUUACGUCUCUGGUGAGGUCCUGUUCCUGGUUAUGGCCCACUAUUCCUACGCCAACGCGUGCUCCAAAGGAGAGCAUCUUAUCACCACCACUUGGGAUAUGUAUCAAGAAAAGCUCGGAUUCAUGUUGACUUUCUGGAAUCUCGCUGGUGUUCCCUUGUCAUACUGUCAUUGCACAUUGUAUCUCGCAAAUCACGAGCCGUCCACUUAUGCGUGGAGCAAACCCGCCUUGGCUGCAUUCUUCAUCUCCUACCUGUUCGUGUACUGGGUCUGGGAUACCGCCAAUGGUCAAAAGAACUCCUUCCGUAUGAUGGAGCGAGGAACUUGGGUGAAGCGUAAGACCUUCCCACAGCUCCCAUGGCAAGAGGUCCACAGCCCCAAGACUAUUGUGACCGAGAAGGGAGACACUAUCCUUGUGGAUGGGUGGUAUGGUCUGGCUCGCAAGGUUCACUACAGCUGUGAUAUGUUCUUCGCCAUCUCUUGGGCCCUGAUCACCGGCUUUAACAGCCCGUUCCCCUGGUUUUAUCCUGUCUUCUUCUGCAUCAUGAUUAUACACCGUACCAUCCGGGAUAUCAACAAGUGCAGACAUAAGUAUGGUGCUUCGUGGACGGAGUACGAGAAGCAGGUCCCUUAUCUUUUUAUCCCGUAUGUCAUUUGA